AUGAUAUCAACAGUGACAAGUGCUUCUUCGAGUACAAUCCCAAAACAUCGGGAGUAUCACUUGAAUAGUAUCAUCAUUGACAAAAUCACUAUUGGUCAAUUACGAAAGGCAAGCUUUACAUCAAACAGCUUACAUCCUGCAACGAUACCAACUAACACCAUCAAACCACAUCUGGCUAUCCUAGGUUCCCGACAGAUCCGUGGUGGCAAACCAGAGGUGGCACACGAGUCGUUGCCCAGUUCAGCUCUGCUGCGGAUCCUUGGCAACAAAGAGGUGUACCUCUUUAAUCUCACCUCCCUCACGAAGUCUGAAAAUAUCUUGUCGGCCCUGUUGCAUUACUACGUUGGAGACCUCCAGAACGGCAGCGUUAACUGCCCUCAACCCAACAGCUGUCCUCCUCCGGCCCCCAGAAAAUCGGACCUACAGAUCAAGCUUUUGCUGUUGAGUUCCCCGUCCUCAGCAAACCAAUCGCGGGCCCUGGGGCGUUACUUGGUCAACAUCUCCGCCGCUUUGCAGGGCGACCAUUUGUGGCAAUUCAAGAACGUCACUCAGGACUUGAGGCGGGCGAAGGAGCACAACCGCCUCAUGAUCGGGGUCCAGAUGGCCUCCCUUGGCCAACCCCCAUGGAAGAGCCUGCAUCUCAGCUACGAGCCGUACAUCCUGGUCUACGCCAACGACUCCGCCAUUGCGGAGCCGGAGAGCGUGGUUUCUAGCCUGCAAGGCCAUUGGAGUCCACCGCCUGGGGCUUUCCCCAAAUUGGAUAGCCGGUCGAUCAACGACCUCGGUGGGCAGCGGCCCAAGCGCUCCACCAGUUUCCUUCUGCCCUUGCAGAACAACGAGCUGCCGGGAGCCGAGUAUCAGUACAGCGAGGACGAAGGAUGGGAGGAGAGGAAGCACUACAAAACCCUGCAGCCGCGGCUGGCCGAAAGGUCGAAGGGUAAGAAGAAGCCCAGGAAACACAGCCACCAGAAGAGCCAGACGCUCCAGUUUGACGAGCAGACCCUGAAAAAGGCGAGGCGGAAGCAGUGGAAUGAACCCAGGUCUUGCUCGAGACGCUAUCUCAAAGUAGAUUUUGCAGAUAUAGGCUGGAGCGAAUGGAUCAUUUCUCCUAAAGCUUUUGAUGCUUAUUAUUGCUCAGGUGAAUGCCAGUUCCCUAUUCCAAAGGCCCUGAAGCCCUCCAACCACGCAACCAUUCAGAGCAUCGUGAGAGCCGUAGGGGUUGUCGCUGGGAUCCCGGAGCCUUGCUGCGUCCCGGACAAAAUGUCCUCCCUCAGCAUUUUAUUCUUCGAUGAAAACAAAAACGUGGUACUCAAAGUGUAUCCAAACAUGACAGUGGAAUCCUGUGCCUGCAGAUAACGUUCCUGCUUCCUCCUUCCUCUUCCCGGCUUCGUUGCUUCAUACACCUCUCCUCUUUCCCUUUACCAAAGCAUAUCGUUGCCCAGUUUUACGAACGGAGAAGUAAAGAAGAGCUGAGAAGGAACAUGGAAUCAGUUUCCCCAAAAGUGAUUUUCCUACUGUGAGCCUGGGGAAGGACAUUUGGAAAGCUCACCACACAGGGGUAAAUAAUGGAGGAGGUCUCCGUGAUGGUGGUGGUGGUGGAAAGAUAGGAAAAUGAAAACUGGAGAGAAUUCCAUCAGGAGCGGAAGAUGAGCAGGAAAACACGAUCUAAGUUUGAUGCUGUGUUUGAAGAGCGUUCAACUCGAGCUGCUGGUUUCCCCAAUCCAUUCUUCCAGAAUGUAACGGUGAAGGAGAUUUAAUAUACAUAUUGUGCUUUUGAAGCUAAGCUUUCUACUAUAGGUGAUAAAAAAGACUCCAAUCAUACCAUAAGCUAGUGAGAUCCUACUUCCCAUAUUUCAAAGAUUCAAAUAGUCUCUUUUUUUUAAUCUAACCUGUUGGUUUUCCUGGCAUAACAUCAGUGGUGAAAUUCAAUUUUUUUUACUACCGGUUCUGUGGGCGUGGCUUGGUGGAGGUGGCAGGGGGAGGAU